AUGGACGGAAAAGAAACAAAACGUCUUCUCAAUAAACCAGAACUAAAGCCAGCCAAACCAACAGUAACAUGGCGUCAUUAUUUAGCUGGACCAAUUCUGUUAUUACACUUAUUUGCUUUUAUUAUGUCUCUAAAUACUGUAGGUCUUUAUGUACCAAUGUUUAUAUCAAAAAAACUAUAUCCCAUGAGAACAAUACCUAUUUCAACAGGAUCCAUUUGCAUAGACAAUGAAACAGAGGCUUCUCCAGAAAGUGAAGCUAUUCAGAAAGAGGCUGCUGUGUUCAACAUCUAUUUAGUCUUAGUUUCAGGGAUACCUGCUAUCAUUUCCAAUUUGGUCCUUGGAACAUUAAGCGACCGAUUUGGACGAAUUUUUCUUUUCCUCACACCAGCCAUUGGUGAAUUUAUCAACAAAAUCGCUGUGCUUUUCUGCGUUUAUUACAAUCUUGAUAUAUAUUAUAUUUUAAUUGGUAGUACCAUUGAGGGUUUAAUGGGAGGUUAUUUGACGCUGAUGUCGGCAUCUUUUUCAUAUAUUGCUGAUAUAACUGAAAACAAUAAGCAACGUUCAGUAGCUAUUGUAUUUCUUGAGAUGUCAAUUGGUAUAGGGGUGGUAGUGGCAAGAUUUAGCACUGGAUAUUACAUCCAAGCAACGGACUAUGUUUGGCCACAAUUGACAGCUUGUUGUAUAUAUGCACUACUGAUAUGUGUUAUCAUUUUUGUCUUACCCGAAACAAGGAUUCCAGAGUCUGAAAAUAAAUUGCUUACUAAGACACUAUGUCUGAAGCAAGUUGGAGCUACACUUUCCUUCUACAUCUCAGAAAGUUACAAAGGAGAACGAUGGAAGUGUAAUAUUUGUAUGCUCAUUUUCUUUACCACUGGUCUUAACGUUUUUGGAAAAGCCGCAGUAGAUACACUGUUCCAGAUAAGUCAACCUUUUUGCUGGGGUUCAGUAAAAGUAGGAUUGUAUGGUGCACUCUCAGGUUUAUUCCAGAACGUGAUCUGUAUGGGAAUGAUUAAAGUCCUCCAUCUUUGUCUCAGUGAUGAAGGAGUAUCCAUUCUUGGAUCGAUCUCAGGAAUCGCUGGUUUCAUGAUAACAGCAUUUGCCAACACGGACCUUAUGUUAUAUAUAGCUGCGAUUGCUGGAGGUGGUGCAGUUUUGACUUUACCAAUGGUGACAGCUAUUAUGUCGAGAAUUACUCCACAAGAUAAGCAAGGUGCCCUUUUCGGUGGGAUAGCAGCGAUUGAAACAGUUUGUGCCAUUGUAGGAAAUCUUAUUUUAAACUCAAUCUACUCCAACACAGUCUCGUUCUUUAGAGGAACCGUGUAUUUGGUGAUGGCCGGUUUUGUACUUAUUUCGCUGCUUCUUCUUGGGUAA